AUGGAUCUGCAAUCAGUUUGUCGUGGGUUUCCCACCUCGAAUUUCGGUUUAUCCAGUCACCGCAUAGUCCCUCAUCAACUUGUUUUAGCAAGCCAUGCUCGGCUGAGGGAUCAAAGACUCCGUAAACAUAAUGGAAUUGCUUCCAAAUCAUAUUUGAUGCCAGGAUUGAAAAGUUCUGUGAAGGAGUCUUCAAUCCUGAGCUUGAACAGAGGAGCUAUUAAGUGCGCUUCGAAUUCUAGUGAUGCAAAGCUGGAAUUUUCAGGAGGGGAAAACUCUAAUCUUCCUUUUAGAAGAGUUGAUGGGGUGGAGCCUUUUCGAGGUAAAUCGGGUUCAAUUUCAUUCCAUGGGUUGACACACCAGUUGGUAGAGGAAGGGAAGUUGGUUUCAGCCCCUUUCGAUGAAGAGAAGGGCUCGUUCCUUUGGUUUUUUGCCCCUGCUGCUUUAAUUUCGUCGUUGCUUCUUCCACAAUUCUUUAUUGGUAAUGCAAUCGAGGCUUUCUUGAAGGACGAAAUUAUCAUAGAAAUCGUGACUUCAUUAUCUUAUGAGGCUGCGUUUUAUGUGGGCCUUGCAAUAUUUCUGCUUGUAACUGACCGAGUACAGAGGCCGUAUCUGCAGUUCAGUACAAAGAGGUGGGGUCUCAUUACUGGCCUAAGAGGAUACUUGGCAUCCGCUUUCUUUACAACGGGCUUCAAGGUCAUUGCCCCUCUCUUUGCUGUUUAUGUAACCUGGCCGUUGCUUGGCUUGCCGGCCUUGGUUUCUGUGGUUCCCUUUCUAGUUGGCUGUGUUGCUCAACUUGCAUUUGAGACGGGUCUUGAAAAGCAAGGGUCAUCUUGUUGGCCUCUAGUUCCCAUUAUUUUUGAGGUUUAUAGACUAUACCAGUUGACAAAAGCUGCUUACUUUAUUGAGAAGUUGAUGUAUGCGAUGAAGGGUAUGCCUGCAUCCCCGGAACUGCUAGAAAGAAGCGGUGCCCUAUUUUCUAUGAUAGUGACCUUCCAAGUCGUCGGCGUGGUUCUGCUCUGCACCUCUUCCUCGUUCUCUCUUAUCCGACGAUUCGAGACCGUGCAUAAGCUGAAAAAGGAGAAAGUAGAACUUUACGUUGAUCUAGAGGAGCUGUACGUUAUUGGAGGUUCAGGGGAAAAAAGUUUAAACUUGAAGCUUCUGAGCCGUCAUCCAAAGAGGGGAGGCAAGGGCCAAAUGGCAAAGUCUUGCAAGGGCUUGGCAAUGGAACUGGUCAAGUGUCUUAGUGAGUGCGAUUGCGUUAAGGUUGAGAAGCGAUCGUACAGAGAAUGCGCUGGGGAGAAGAGUCCAUCAAUAUCAAGUGAAUGCAUUGGUCUGAGGGAAACAUAUUUCAAUUGCAAGAGAGGCCAGGUUGACAUGAGAGCUAGGAUUCGGGGGAACAAGGGCUAUUGA